AUGACACGACCGUCGAUUGUCCGUGCCGAUACUAUCGACCUUCAAGAUCACCACGCUCCCUCCGCUCAAGAUCACUCCAAAAGCCCACGUCUGGCUGGUACUGCCAACUCCCUUGGCCCCCACCAAGCUGAGACUAUUCGCGAGAUCUCACACGACAUCGCAGACGAACAAAGCCGGUCCCCUCGAGUUUCUCUAGAUAAUCGCAAUAGCCUCGACGAGAUUGAUUCCUUUGCCGACGAGCUUGCCGCAGACGCUUCAGGUGCAAAGCCUCGCGCUCAAGGCGCUCGCGAUAAUAACAAUAGCACAAUGGUCCAUGAGGAUGCACUGGCAGUUGCGCAGAAUGGCGGCGUCUCGUCGUCCGAUGAAGGCGAGCUCGAUGGCGACGAUGACCUCGAUGACGACAUGAUGGAUAAGAUCUCAAGUUCGCCUUCGAUUGAAGAUGGUGGGUGUUACCCUGUUGCCCCUAUGGCAUGGCCGCGCCGUGUCUCGUCAUUACCUUCCUCCAUUGGGAGCAGUGCUCCAUUCACUUCUGGUUCAAGCGGCACCAGAGUUGACUCGCCAUAUCCCGCACCUCUCAAACACAUAACCAACACAAACACAAUUGCACUGCCAUCACGAGCACUGCCAGAACCACCAGCACAUUUCCGGAGCCAUCGUCUUCAGGGUGAGUAUACCGAUUGCUACGACACCGACGACAACGAAAACGACGCCGAAUCCGAUGACGAUGAAAGUUGGGAUACCUUUAACUCAACAGUCGAGUUUCUUGAUCACGGGGAGGAGACCAAGGCUCAGCAGGCCAUUGCCAGAUAUGAGAAGGUGCAGAUAGGACCCAUCAGUAAUAAAGGCUAG